AUGGUCGGCGCCAUCGGCACGCUCGUCGUCGACACCGUCGCCACGGGCUACUUCACCCGCGUCCACUUCAAGAACAGCGCCGGCGCCGGCGCCGAGGCCGUGAGCGGCGCCGCCGUUGGGGACGAGGAGAAGCAGCAGGCGGCCGUGGCGUCGGCGGCGCCGCACGUCGACCACGACCACGACCACGACGGGCAUGUGCACAUGCACACGCACGCGACGCACGGCCACGCGCACGGCUCCUCGGCGAUCGUCGCCGCCGUCGGCGGCGCCGAGGGCGACAAGGAGCACGCGCUGCGCCACCGGGUCAUCGCGCAGGUUCUUGAGCUUGGCAUUGUGGUUCACUCAGUGAUCAUCGGCAUCUCCCUUGGCGCGUCCGAAGACCCGAGCACCAUCAAGCCUCUGGUGGUCGCCUUGAGCUUCCACCAAAUGUUCGAGGGCAUGGGUCUUGGCGGCUGCAUCGUUCAGGCCAAGUUCAAACUGCGGUCGAUCGUGACCAUGGUCCUCUUCUUCUGCCUGACGACGCCGGUGGGCAUCCUGGUCGGCAUCGGGAUCUCGUCCGUGUACAACGAGGACAGCCCCAAGGCGCUGAUCGUGGAGGGGAUCCUCAACUCGGUGGCGGCGGGGAUCCUCAUCUACAUGGCGCUCGUCGACCUCCUCGCCGAGGACUUCAUGAACCCCAAGGUGCAGAGCAGGGGGAAGCUGCAGCUCGGCAUCAACGUCUCCAUGCUCGUCGGCGCCGGACUCAUGUCCAUGCUAGCCAAAUGGGCCUGA